AUGUCACGACAACGUCCGCGACCCCCACCCAUUGGAAUUAAUCGUGAUCCGGAACCGGCACUUGUGCCACCACGUAAUCUUGACUCACGGGCAACCAUACAAAUUGGCGAUCAAACAUUCGAUAUCGAUGCCGAUAGUCUGGAGAAGAUUUGUGAUUUGGGACGCGGUGCAUAUGGCAUUGUGGAGAAGAUGCGUCACAGGCAGACGGGCACAGUGCUGGCCGUUAAACGCAUACCAAUGACUGUCAACUUUCGGGAACAGCAACGUCUGAUCAUGGAUCUGGAUAUAUCGAUGCGUUCCAGUGAUUGCCCCUAUACGGUUCACUUUUAUGGGGCCAUGUAUCGCGAGGGCGAUGUCUGGAUCUGCAUGGAGGUGAUGAACACCAGUCUGGACAAAUUCUAUCCAAAAGUCUUCAAAAACGAGCUAACCAUGGAGGAGACGGUGCUCGGCAAGAUUGCGAUGAGCGUGGUCAGUGCCUUACAUUAUCUUCACGCCCAGCUGCGCGUCAUUCAUCGCGACGUGAAGCCUUCAAAUAUACUGAUCAAUCGCAGUGGUCAGGUCAAGAUUUGUGACUUUGGCAUCUCAGGUUAUCUCGUUGAUUCGGUUGCCAAGACUAUAGAUGCUGGCUGCAAGCCUUAUAUGGCACCGGAACGCAUUGAUCCGCAAGGUAAUCCAGCCCAGUAUGAUAUACGUUCCGAUGUGUGGUCACUGGGCAUAAGUAUGAUCGAAAUGGCCACUGGCCAAUAUCCCUACAACAAUUGGAGAACGCCCUUCGAGCAGUUGCGUCAGGUUGUGGAGGAUGAUCCACCGCGAUUGCCAUCGGGUUCAUUCUCAUCGGAGUUUGAGAACUUUAUAGCCACAUGCUUGCAAAAGGAGUACACGGCGAGACCCAAUUAUGAGCAACUGCUGCGGCAUAGCUUUAUUGUCGAGCAUUUACAGCGCAACACGGACAUUUCCGAGUUUGUGGCAAGAAUAUUGGAUCUGCCCGAUGAGAAGUCGCCGCAGUAGAAGGAGCUAAAAAAUUUGAGCAUGUUUUUGUACGAUUCUCCAAAUGUACGAUCCAAAAAAAUGUAAAUUGCCGCCGUCUUCUACGUAUGCAUUUGUAUGUGUGUGUGUAUCUCUCUGUCUGUCUGUCUAUGUGUGUGUUGGCUUGUGUAUCCAAGUAUGUAUGUAUAUGUGUGAGCAAGUUAAUUGCAAAAAAGAAUAACGAAAGAAACAAUCGCUAGCUUAAGAAUCAAUGAAAUGCAAUCAACAUACAACAAUCUACAUGCAAUACAUAACAUACUCGAUAUACAUAUAUAUAUAUAUUGUAUAAUAUAGAUACUUUACUUACAUACGUGCCGUUAUAUGCAUAUACUGCAAAAAUACCAAUUAUCGCUCUUGCAGCGCUCAAAAGAAAAUGAAACAUGAGAAUGAAACUAAAA